GCGACCAUGGAAAACGGCGUCUGGAAGAAAAUCGAACCCAAUUGGCAAGUGCAUUUACAAUCAAAAAUGUAGAAGGUAGUCUUUGCUAUUUUGACGGGGACGAUAAAUUACCGGUUAAAAAAUGGAUUUCGGAUUUCGAGGAUAUGAGUGAGCUGCUAGGUUGGAACGAUUUACAAAUGUUCAUAUACGGUAAACGAAUGUUACAAGGUUCGGCGAAGAAAUUUGUUGCGUUCGAAAGAGGGAUUACUACGUGGAAAAAACUAAAACGUCGAUUAAUUCGGGAAUUCCAUGUACAAAAAAACAGUGCAGAAGUACACGCUCAAUUGUACCGCCGGAGAAAAUUACCAAACGAAAGUAGUAGACAAUACGUAUACGAGAUGCAAGAAAUAACCGCGCAGGGGGAAGUUGACGAAGAUGUCCUUAUUCAAUAUAUAAUAGACAGUAUACCAGAUAGUAACGAGUCUAAUAAAGCAAUCCUUUACAGUGCUCGAAGUUUAAAAUCGUUGAAAAGAAGCCUGGAAACCUACGACAGAUUAAGAGAAAAAUCAGACCAGAAGAAAGGUGUAGUGAAAAGGGAAGAAAAGAAAGAAAUGAAAACACCAGCGCCGAAACGUAGCGGGAAAACGCAUUGCUAUGCUUGUGGUUCAACGGUACAUAGUGUGAAAGACUGUACAAAUAAGGAUAAAGGCCCAAAGUAUUUUAGUUGUAAUGAUUUCGGUCAUAUUUCGCUUAAAUGCCCUAAGAAGGUGGAAACCGAAAAUCGUAAAUCGGUGAAUUGUGUACGGAGUACGGACGAUAAAUUCGUGGUUGUGAAAAUAAGCGACGUUGUGUGCUACGCGUUAAUAGACGUAGGCAGUGACGUAAGCCUAAUCAGAGAGGACAUAUUUAAAAAAAUUACGGGUGUUAAAUUGCGUUUAACUCGACGAGUGUUAACAGGUUUCGGGAAUUCGCAAACAAUACCGAUCGGACGCUUUGACGCUGAUUUAACGAUAAACGUGUCAACUGGAACUAUGAACGUCGAAAGUAAUUUUAGGGCAAAACUUUUUAAGGCAGGUAGAAGUAAACAUCCGUGGCGGUGAAAUUAUAGUGCGACCGGUGAACAACGAGAUUCGGGUUACCGAAGAUUAUUUAAUUGAAAAUAACCUACUGAUAAAACAAGUCGGGAACAAAAAACUUAUUGUACUACCCGCUAGCAUGUACACCGAUGUUAUCAGGAGGGAACAUGAAAAUGGACACUUUGGAGUGAAGAAGAUGGCUGAAAAAAUAACUGAGGAAUGCUACAUACCGAAUUUGACGGAGAAACUGGAGAGAUACGUAAAAUGUUGCAUACCCUGUAUAUUGGCGGAAAGAAAGAAAGGGAAGGUAGAAGGAGAACUGAAACCGAUACCUAAAGAAGACGUUCCGUUAUCAACCUAUCACGUAGACCAUUUAGGACCGAUGACGACUACGUGUAAAGCGUAUAAAUGUCUCUUCGUAGUAGUGAUACGUUCUCCAAGUUUGUUUGGAUAUACCCAACCAAAACAACGAACACGAAGGAAGUAUUGGAUAAGCUAAUACUACAGCAAAAGACUUUCGGAAACCCGUCCCGUAUAAUUUCGGAUCGAGGAACAGCGUUCACGUCGGCAGAUUUCCGUGAAUAUUGUAAUAAAGAAAAUGUUGAACAUAUACUCACCACUGUAGGAGUCCCACGAGGAAACGGCCAAGUGAAGAGGAUUAAUCGCAUCAUAAUACCGAUACUAACAGAAUUGUCCAUGGAUGAUCCUGACAAAUGGUACCGGUACGUGGAUAAAGUAGAACAAAGUAUAAAUAGUACUUACCAACGUAGUGUAGGAAUGUUGUUGCGUCGAGUCGCUCGGAUUCGUGCACCCAAUAGCGACUCUGAUCCAGCCACGAAUUAACGUUUCUGGAUUUCGUUCCUUUUGUGAGAUUUCGUUAAUGUUCGCGAGUUCGCGAGUUGUACGUUUGACUGGUCGGUAGUGUUCUGCCUCCUGAUGAGGUUGGACGAGGACUCAGGAGUUGAGGACUCUCUCGAAAAAUCAUAUUCAAGAAGGGGUGGGUUUGCACCCUCGCUCGCAACUACCUGGGGAUUCCCGCGACUGAAGGUAUCCUUGCGACCAUCACCGUCGCAUCUGGUAACCAGCUGUGGAGUCUAGCUGUUGUUCGAGGCUAGUAAUAAAACAGUCUACAUUUUACUGUAUUACCUGCUGCAAGGUUCGCGCCGCGAUUCUCCAAAUGUGGGUAUUUUUCGGCGGUCGAAACUCCGAAUGCCGCUGGGGAUGGUCCCUAUACCGUUAUGCCCCUAACUGUAGUUUUUACAUCGUCGAUUGUUGAACUUGGUUUCGCGAUGGUUCAACAAAUGUCAUCUUUUGAAUUGAUGCUUGGGGUAAAAAUGAAACAACGGGAAGAUAUAAAAAUUCUUCAAUCAUCCAACAGGAAGCAGCGGAAAUGUUUAAUGAAGAACGUGACAGAUUAAGAAAUAUUGCAAAAGAAAAUAUAAUUAAGACUCAGGAAGAAAAUCGGCGAAAUUAUAACAAGAACGUCAAAGGAACUACUGUCUAUAAAGAGGGAGACCUUGUAGCUAUUAAGAGAACACAGUUCGGAACAGGUUUAAAAAUUAAAGCAAAAUUCCUUGGACCCUAUAAAAUAACAAAAAUAAAACGAAACAAAAGGUAUGAAGUCGUACGGGUGGGCGAUGGAGAAGGUCCCUACAUAACAUCUACAGCAGCUGACUUCAUGAAACUCUAUGGGAGAAUUUCUUCUGAGGGCGAAGAGAACGAAGCAGGAAUGGCCGAGUGAAGGAAGGUUAUGUUGCGUUCCGCGGAAACAUCGAUCGAAUGAUCGAUGUAUUCGACGUUUUUCGGGCGGCUUCGCGAGAUAUCGUGGCGCGCGUUGCCGUUUUGUUCGAGCGCGGCAGGUUGGUAUCGGCCGUUCCGCGGUGAUGGUUUCAAACGUCUCAGCGCCAAUCCUCGAUUCGAAUUGCCGAUAUCUGCGGCUGGGUAGCGCCGCGAAGAGCCGAGACGGUGGAUUUACCAGGUCCGUGAAAGCACGGGGUGGUCUUAACAUUUAAAAUUUAGAUGGCUACUCGGACAUUACCGGGGAUAUCCCGCAUCCAGAGGAUAAACAGAGUUACAUGGCUCCUUCUACUAACGGCCCUUCAUUCGAUAUUCCUCGAAGCACCGAAGGAUUUCCCGGGCGCGUUUUCUUCAGCGACCGAGGUCUACAUAAAAAUGUCGAAAUACGUGCCACGGAAACUCAAUGCGCGCUACCCCUUGUCUCGAGGAGACUUUUGGUCAAACGUUCUUAAAAAUGGACUUGUCUAGGAUUAUA